AUGUCUUCGGCUGCAAGGUGUAAGGCGACUGGAGUUCAGCAGAUCCGUUGGCUCCAGAAGUUUCCAACUGCCUGCGAUGAGUUCACGGGGACCGCGGUACUGAAUGGUUGUCAUCAGAGUUGGAGCCACGCCCUGAGGAUCCUUUUGCUGAUCCAAGAAUGGAGAAGCAGCUUGGAUACCGUGAGCAUCAGCGCUGCCAUCAACUCUUGCGCAAAAUCUGCACAAUGGACCUUGGCCAUGAAGUUCUGCCAGGAGAUGCAGGCACCCAAUGCCUUUUCCUUCGGUGCCACAGUCAACGCAUUUGAGAAGGAGACUGGCUGGCGCAAAGCUUUGGAGACCGUGUGCCAAAUGAGGCGCUUUUCCAGGCGGUGGACUUCAGGGUCAGGAACUUGGGUGACCGAAGCAUCACUCCUCAAUGUUUGCGGAGAAGGACUGCAAUGGUCAUGGGUGAUGUCACUCUUCCACGAACUUCGUGCUAAGGAGGGUUUGGACGAGGUCCUCUUUGGAACGGCCAUUGAUGCCAAUGUGAGGUCCUGGCAAAUGGCCACGGAGCUCCUGGCGCGCAUGGCUGGGAGCAGAUGCCAAAACAGCCAGGUCUGUUUCGGGGCAACAGUGAAGGCCUGUGAAUCGUCCAUGCAAUGGCUUGCGGCUCUUCAAAUGCUGCGGCAGCAAGAGCACCUCCGGAUGAGGCCGUCGACUGCGGUUCUCAGCGCCUGCAUCGGCGCAUGUAGAGGCGACUGGGCGUUGGGGAUUUUCAUCGCACGGAAGUUGCAGAAGCUCAAUGCGAUUUCCGCCACCAGCACCUUGUGCUCCAUGGAUGGUGCGUCAGGUGUUUGGCCUCAGGCCUUGCGUGUUUAUGAGCAGACGGAGGAGGCGGAUGUUGUGACAUUGGCGGCCACCCUGGGCAUUUGCGCCCAGGGUAGCCAGCCCCACGGAGCCAACCACGCCGCCAACGGAGCCUGGUGCUGCGCGUGGCACUUGCUUGAGCUGGCGCAGAGGCAGCGAGAAGAUCUUGUGGCCCUGUCUCCGGCAUGUACUUCGCAGGGCGCCGCAGAGGUCCUAGGUAUACGACUGGGCACAACUGCGUGCUGGGAUAGGCAUUGGGAUUGGGGCGUGGGCAGCGGUUCAUUAAGGUGUGUUACGGUGAGCGGCCCGGAUGAGGAAACGAAUGCCAAGAAAUCAGCAGAUAAUAUCAGUCAUAAGGUCGCCAAAGCAGCUGGUAUGGGUCAAUGCAAUCCUGGGCAAAGUCAUCCGCCCGGCGAGGACGACCAAAGACAUUUGCAAGAGCUGACUGAGAGUGUGGUAAAACUCUGCGACCGCCAUGUCCAUCACCAUCAUAUGCGAAGGCAGGGCACCCUGACGCCACGGGGCCGUUUCGCGCAGCUGCAGCCCUCCUUGAAGCCUGCAGAGUCAUCUCUGAGUUUGCAAGAGCGGCGGCAGGUCGUGGAUCUAGACGAUGCUUUGGGAUCCACGAAUUUCAUGCAAAAUCCUCAAGCAGCUGAGGCCCUGGACCUGCGGCGCCUCUCGGACGCCGCCUCGGAGGCCUCCGAGGCCCCAGGCGGGCGGCGGAGGACGAACAGCGAGGCCAGCGAGGUCAGCGAAGUGUCGGAGGACAGAUCAUCCAUGGUUGAAUCACUUGCAAAUUCUGAAUUUGCCGGGCAGGACCUGGAAGGUCCCGAAGCAGAGCAAGAGUUGAAGGUUCCAACAAGAGUGCGGAGGGCUUUGAAUGCGCAACGAAAUGUGUUGCUGAAUCUCUUCAACAAGUUGGACACGGACAAAAGCGGAGUCCUGGAAGCGGAUGAAUUGAAAAACGCCUUGGGAGCCGUGGGGCAGCAUCCCCAGCGUGCUGAGAAACUCAUUGCUGCAGCGGACGAGAAUUGCAACGGUAAAGUGGAAAUCCACGAGUGGAUUCAUGUCGUUGACCGUUUGGUUGCUGGCAAGGGUGGCGCUGUCAUGGAAAAUUUCGCCAAAGCACUGGUGAAGGCGGACUAUGGGAACAGCAACAACAAAAAUAUGCGGGAUGCUCGCAGCUACACGUGGACAUGGGAGGACAAGCCCUGGCGCUGGAUGAUCAGUGGUCAAGGAACCUUCCGUCUUUGCUGGGACAUCCUGCUGUUCUGUUUGCUGGUCUACGUCGCAGUUGUGAUGCCCUAUACCCUAGCUUAUUUGCCAGAAAGCGACUUUCAGAAUGGCAUGAAUGUUUUUAUGACGUCCUGCUUUUGCUUCGACAUCCUACUGAACUUUCGCACGACCUUUCUGGACGAGGCUGGCGAGGAAGUUCGUUCGCCGUACCUCGUGGGGAAGCAGUACCUGCGGAGUUGGUUCCUGCUGGACUUUGUCACGGCAGUUCCCUUCGAACAGGUGACCGACGCAGUCUCGGCGGAGUCGGUGGGGGGCUUGAAACUGCUGCGGACCAGUAAGAUCUUUAAGAUCUUGAGAGUGGUGCGGGCCAUCAAACUUUGGAAAAUCCUGAGGGCGUCGGAGCUUGGAAGCAUCCUGGAAGACUUUGUCAUGCAUUCCAACAGCGGUCGCCGGGCCUUCGAGCUCUUCAGAAUUUUAGUGGCUUGCUGUUUGUUGUGUCACUUGCUGGCCUGUUUCAUGCACAUCUCUGGGAGUGGCUUCUUAGAGACAUACGAGUGGACGGGCGACAGCGCAGCAUCUCAAUACAUUUGUUCGCUCUACUGGGCCAUGACCACAGUGACCACUGUUGGCUAUGGUGACAUCAUCCCCCGCUCUGAUGGCGAGAGGAUCUUCACCAUGGCCGCCAUGAUCAUCGGUGGUGCCUUCUACGGCUAUGUCGUUGGGAACAUCUCUGUGAUUUUGGCCAGCAACGAUGUGAAGUGGCGCGCCCACAAGGAGAGACUGGAUUUGAUCGAGUCCUGGAUUUCCCAUCAUCGCUUUCCCGCGCAGUUGCGACGCAAGAUUUGGGCCUUUUACAAGAAGGCUGUCAGGGGCCAGGUCGUUUGGGAUGACGGUGUGGUCUUCGCUGAGCUGACCAUUGAGCUUCGGGAGGAAGUAGCCAGCUAUUUAAUCCACCCGGAACUGCAGAAGAACCUGGUCUUCCGGGGGGUGCCCCAAAGUGUCAUGAUACGCAUCGUGGGCAUCCUUCAGCAGAUCAACGUGAAGAAAGGUGAAACAGUGGUACCCUUUGGAAGCUUCUCCUUCGGCAUGUUUAUUCUGCUGGAUGGUGCGGCAAUCCUUGAGAAGGACAUGGAGCCGUUUGAGGUGAACGACUUCAGUCGCGACAUUUUGAGUGCGCACGUGACAUCCGCAGAGGACGGGAAGAAGCUCACAGAGUUGCUCCGGAGAAGUGACAGCUUUGGGGAGGAGGUUCUGCUCGGUCUCCGCGCGCAGUACGAAUACUCCGUGACCCCUCAGCGCCGCACGGUGAUGUUGUUACUUCCCAGAGAUCAGUUUAUGGAGCGCUUAAGUGGGAUGCCGGAAGUCUUCACCAUCAUGCGGACAAAUUUUACAACUUGA